AUGAAAGGAAAGACUGGCCUGAAAUGUUUAUGCAUCAAUUGUGUGUAUAAAAAUAACACAUGUGAAACAGAUGGCAUUUGCUUGGCUUCUGCCUUUCUUAUUGAUAGAACAGUAAAACAGUGGAAGACCUGUGUGCAUCGCCAGCAGAUGAUUCCACCAGGGAACCCCUUCAUCUGUGCCAGUGUGAAAAUGGUGUCAAAAACCAUCUGUUGUGACACAAACUACUGUAAUAGCGCAGAUGUAGAGCUAGCACUACCUAAAGGCUUACCACUUCUUAUCCAAAGGACUGUUGCCAGAACAAUUGUUCUUCAUGAAAUUGUGGACAAAGGACAGUUUGUUGAAGUCUGGCAUGGAAAGUGGCAUGGAGAUGAUGUAGCAGUAAAAAUUUUCUCCUCAUGUAAAGAGUGGUCCUGGUUCAGAGAAGUAGAAAUCUAUCAAACUGGGAUGCUACAUCAUGAAAAUAUCCUGGGUUUCAUUGCUGCUGACACUAAAGAUACUGGCACGUGGACUCAGCUUUGGCUUGUGUUAGAGUACCAUGAGAAUGGUUCACUCUUUGACUACCUAAACAGAUUCAUUGUGACUAUUGAUGGUAUGAUGAAGUUUGCCAUCUCUAUUGUGAGUGGACUAGCACAUCUCCAUAUGGAGAUGAUUGGCACACAAGGUAAACCUGCUAUUGCACACUGUGACCUCAAAUCAAAAAAUAUUCUUGUAAGAAAUAAUGGAACAUGUGUCAUUGCUGAUUUUGGUUUGGCAAAACGACAUGAUAAAGCAACAGAUAACAUCAUCACAUCACCUGGUCGUAGAGUGGGAACCAAGAGGUACAUGGCACCAGAAGUUAUUAAUGACUCUAUUAAUAAGAGUGAUUUUGACUCAUUCAAGUACAUUGAUAUAUAUGCUUUGGGUCUGAUCUAUUGGGAAAUAGCACACAGAUGCUGUGCUGGAGGAUCGCACGAUGAGUAUCACUUGCCUUAUUACAAUCUUGUUCCUUCGGAUCCUUCCAUAGAAGAUAUGAGAACAGUAGUUUGUGAACAAAACCUGAGACCAACAAUUCCAAAUCAAUGGCAAAACUUUCAGGCACUACAGAUGAUGGGUAAAAUCAUGCAGGAAUGUUGGAAUGCCAAUGCAGCUGCACGACUAACAGCACUUCGCAUCAAGAAAACACUCUCCAAAUUAAAAGUGGAGGAGUAG